AAUGUUCCUGAGAGUGAGAAUGAUCAAAAUGAAGAAGUGGAGUUGAUUCGAGGUAAGCGGUUCUCUAUAGAAGAUGAGAAAAUUAAAGAAGCCGUUUAUAAGUACAUAGCGGUACGUAAUUUGGGUGAGGAAGGUUUGGAGAUGGUUUAAAGUAGAUCUCACCCUGAAGUAAGAAACUGUUGGAAGGAAAUAGGAGCUGCCCUACCAAAUAGGCCUUACGUUGCAGUCUAUUAUCGUGCUCAAAUACUAUUCCGAAGAUCUGAAACCCGUCAAUGGACUGAAGAAGAAAAAGCUUUGGUACUGCGGCACCAUAAAUUACACGGGAAUGACUGGAAAUCACUUGCUGAAGAACUUGGCAGACACAGGUUUCACGUGAAGGAUACAUGGCGCAGAAUAAAAUUACCUAACGUAAAGAGAGGACACUGGUCUCAGGAUGAGUACCAGAGCUUAUUUGAUUUAGUCAACACUGAUCUGCAAGUGAGGAUCUUUGAAGACAAGAAAUCCAAGCAUGGCAUGCUAAGGGAUAACAUCUGUUGGACAGCAAUUAGUGAUAAAUUGUCCACACGUAAUGGUCCAAAUUGUUGUCUGAAGUGGUACAAUAAGUUAACAUCACCUAUGGUAGCUGAAGGUAUAUGGUCCGACUCUGAUGAUUAUCGCCUAAUUGGUGCACUUUAUAACUUGGAUGAAACCUGCAUAGAAAAUGUGGACUGGGAUAAUCUUGUGGAACAUAGGUCCGGAGAAAUAUGUCUGAAGCGCUGGAGGCAAAUGGUUCUUCACAUAGGGAACCGGAACAAACCCUUUUCGGAACAAGUUGAAGUCCUAGCCAAAAGAUACUGUCCCUCCUUAAUUGAAGUAAGGGAGACCUGGGAUAGCAAGCCUCUUGUACCAUGAUGAUGUGAAAUGCAUGCAAAGUUAUUUACCAUGAAAAGUCUGGGAAAAAUUGAACCAUUUGUGGCUGAUAUCAAAUUUUCAUAUUCACUCUGGGAUUUAAGCAAUUUUGAAGUGACACAUAACUGUAGUUUCUUAUUGUCAUGUUGACUAUGUAAGAUCAAAGUGGCUUUUGUUUAAAGUUGUAAUCUCUGAAAUCUGAAUUAUGUUUUUUUUUUUUUU